AUGUCUGGCACCGCUGUCCACUUCGGUGGUGGGAAUAUCGGACGCGGCUUCAUCGCUGAGCUUCUGCACGAAUCUGGCUUUGAAGUCGUCUUUGUUGAUGUCGUUGACGACCUCAUCAACAGAAUCAACAACUCCAAAUCGUACAAGAUCACAGAAGUGGGUGCAGAUGGAGAAAAGAGCAAGACCAUCACAAACUACCGCGCCAUCAAUUCUAAAUACAACCUGGAUGAGGUGAUCAAGACCAUUGCUGAGGCUGAUGUUGUCACCUGCGCCGUGGGUCCCAAUGUCAUGAAGUUCAUUGCCAAACCAAUUGCCGAUGGGAUUUCGGCCCGGACAAAGUCGAAGCCUCUGGCUGUCAUCGCUUGUGAAAAUAUGAUCAAUGCCACUGAUGCUCUCAAGGAGCUCAUCACCGAUCCAAAGAACUUGAAGCCAGCGGUACUCAAGGAUCUCGACUCGAAGGCCGAGUUUGGCAAUUCCGCUAUUGACCGAAUUGUCCCAACCCAGCCUGCCGAUGCCAACCUCGAUGUCGUCAUCGAAAGCUUCUAUGAGUGGUGUGUUGAGACUGUUGGUUUCAAGUCUGGUCAUCCGGACAUCAAGGGUGUUCACUGGGUCGAAGAUCUGGAGCCGUACAUCGAACGCAAGCUUUACACUGUCAACACAAGUCACGCCACUGCGGCAUACUUUGGCUACUACAAAGGCACCAAGACGAUCCACGAGGCCAUGGAAGAUCCCGAAAUCAAACAAGAAGUUCACGAAGCCCUGGAGGAGACUGCGCACCUCAUCAGCGGCAAGCAUGAUAUCACCGAAGAAGAGCAGCAGAAAUACGUCGACACCAUUGUCUCUCGUAUCUCUAAUCCCCAUCUCGAAGACGUUUGCGUCCGUGUCGGCCGUGCACCACUUCGCAAACUCAGCCGCAACGAACGAUUCAUUGGUCCUGCCGCCCAACUGGCUGAACGUGGGUAUGAUGUGACUGCUCUAGUCCGUGGUGUGGAGAUGGCUCUUCGUUUCCAGAAUGUCGAGGGCGACGCCGAGAGCAAGGAGUUGGCAGAGAUCUUGAAGACCACAUCUGCCGAGGAAGCAACCACCAAGCUCACCGGUCUGGAACCUGACCACCCUCUUUACGCCAAGAUCUUGGAGAAAGUUGAACUGGUAAAGAAUGACACAAAGUGA